CUUUCGCCUCUCGUCUCGCUCUCCGUCAUGUGCAGAGAAAAGGAGGAGGAAGAAACAAGCGAGAAAGUCCGCGGAAGGGAGACGAAGCGAGGAAGAGACGGGAUCUGUGUCGUGUCUCUGUCGCAGAGGCCACCGGGAACUUGCGAGGAGCCGGCGUUUUUGACGCAAAGAGAAGGCGCCUGCUGGAAGUCUCAAGGAAAUUCGGGUGGUUUUUUUUUCUUCAGCGUUAAAGAACGACGAGAAAGUGGAAACAGAUGAAGACUCGGAACAAGAGGCACAUGUCUCCGAUGCGCUCUUUUUCUCUGACGACGUUCACACAGUCGGAAAUGCCUCCCCGACCUUUUUCAGGCUUGUUGCUUCUUCAGUUUUCGAUAGAGAAAGAAGAGAAAAUCCGCUCUCCAGAGCUGUCAAUUUUGCCCUCGACCCUCCAGUUUCGCCUUACUUCUAAAGUUGCCCUCCCGCCUCCUUGGCAGCGCUACGUCCUUCGCCUGUCUCCGUGUGAACGGACGCUUUUCUCUCUUCAUUCCUUCCCCUUCCUUCGCUCGGUGUCCUCCUCCUCUCGCCUCCUUCUUCCUCUUUUCCUUUGACUCUCCCUCUCUGUUUCCACUCUCUCGCCGUCUCUUUUUCCUCUCCGCUUUUCAAGCCUUUCCCCUUGCCUCUUUUUUAUGGCGGCAUGGCCUCGCGGACUCUCGCGGCCUCAAAGCAGCCAGAGGCGCCGUGCUGGCCCUGCUGCCGGCCUCUCUCUCGAACAGGAAGCUCGACGAAGAAGAGAGAAGUCCGACGCGAAGACAACUCGACUUCCAGAAGCAGCGGGGACGGCGACCCAUGAACUGCAGAGAAGAGAAGAGAGAGAAGAACCGAGAGGGGAAGCGAGAGAAGAAGAGAGAGAAGGAGAUCUGUGGGUGUCUGUAUGCGAGAGCUGCGGCGUGAGGCUUCCGACCAAGUCCCAGCGAGCGUCUUCCUCACCUCCUUUCCUUUCUGCCUUGUCGCCGUCGUCUUGUGCGCGUUUGCGUUCUCAACUCGCUGUUUCUCGUUCCAGUUUUUCGUUUGCGUCUGCCUCUUCCUGCUCUUCGCCUCCGCUCUGGGGCCUUCCCUCGCCUCCUGUCUCUUCGUUCUGUCCUGCCUCUCCCCCCUCCGUGUGUCUGCAAGACACCGAGGAACCGCCGGCUUCGCCAUGCUUUCAAAUGGCGGCGAUUCAUGACGCGCCUUUUUUCGAGAGGCUCGUCCUUCCGUGGAGAGAGACGUCGCAUGCGUUGUCCUCCCCCAAAGAAGAAGAAUCUUCGACUCUCUCUUCUGAGCAUUCCCUGCCGCCCAACGCCGUCUGCCUCCCCGCGUCUGCGGUCUCGAUGCCCGUGACCUGUCUCCCCCCCGAAGUCUCCAUGUCGCCUUGCUCCUCCGCUUCUCUCUCUUCUUCUUCUGUCUCCUCGUCCUUCGCGUCGUCGAGCUCUGCUUCGGUCUCUGCCUGUCCACGAGAGAGUUCUCCUGCGCCGCCUCGGCGAUGGCGGUGGCCGAGGGCCGAGAGGCGCCGAGAAGGUCGUUCGAAGGAAGGAGAGAGAGCAGGAGAGAAGGGAGAGCGAAAGGAGGGGGGAGAGAAACAAAUCGAGAAGAAGGGAGGACAGGUGCCGAGAGAGUUCAUGGAGGCAGGAGCGCCUGCAGACGGCUUUGCGCCUGGGGUGCGACAUGCGCUGAGUUGUGCAGACCGGCGAGAAGAAGCAGCUGGCUCAGGCAGCGGCCUGCCACCGUUUGGUGGAGAAGAAGAGCGCCGAGAAAAAGGACAGCCGCGCAGCCGGGAGGACGCCCGUUUUUCGCGACGCCUUCAGGAGAGCCGCCUGGGUCUUGAGGCUCCUCCGGUCGACCAUACAGAAGGGGAGAAGUCACCUCCUGGGUGGGGGCAGUCGUUCCGACUCCGCGAUGGCGGCGGACUGUUUUCUUGGCGGCCGCAGCGAGAGGGAGUCGGACAGGAGACAACGCAGGACGUCGAGGAAGGCGCGUCGAGCGAGGAAAUCAGAAGCGAUACAUCUUGGUCAGAGCUGAUGGACGAAGAGGAGAGCCAGACACGAGCGAGAGAAGAAGGACGCGACAGCCGAGCGCGGAAAAGGGAGUCUGCAUGCGCAGGAAGUCUGGGAAGACCCGGUGCGGGAGCUGAGGAAGCGCGUCACCUGCGAGGAGACAUUCGCCAAACAUGCGAGGAAGGCGCGGAGCAAAGAGAAGGGAGGGGGGCCGCCAGGACAGACAGAGAGCCUUCGGCUUCUCCAUGCUUCGCUGGGGCCUCGGCGCCGCAGUGCCCCAACGCAGGGCGUCCGCAGCACCCGCGGGGAGACAAGGAAAGUGGAGACAGCGACGCGGGAGAGCGAGGAGACCUUUCGAGCAGGACCUUCGCGUCUCCACACGGCACCCUCCGCGCCUACCACGAGCUCUUCCAGGCUCAGAUGCAGCUGCACUACCAGCAGUGGUAUCGCUGGCACUGCAUGCAGCUCCACGAGAGACAGCGGCAGGCCUCCGCCUCGCUGGCUUGCCAGCCGCCUCCCGGCGGAGCGGAGAGAGGCGAUCGCUUGGCCUCGGGGCAGAAGGAGAGAGUAUGUCGGAGUGGAGUCUCCGGAGACAGCGGGGAGGAAGACGAGUCGUCGGCGGAAGACGAGCUGGAGCGCCUUUUCUUUGGAGAAGUCAGCAGAACCUGCGAAAGAAACUCUCCCGGCGCAAAGAGCGAGAGAAGAGUCGCGAAAGACAAUCGAGACACGGGGGGAGAGCGAGACGGCGCAGACUCAAGGUUCGAAACAUAUCAACCGACGGGGACCGCGCCGCCGCUGUCACGAACAGAGUCGUUUUCUUUUCCUGUUUCUCACCCUUUUUUUUCUCAGACCUGCCCUCCCUUCCCCUUCCCCCUAGACCCACCGUCGCGAACGAUGCCUUCGCUUUCGAUGUCUCCGCUUUCGAUGUCUCCGCUUUCGAUGUCUCCGGAGGCCUUCUUUCAUGGGGCUCCAGGGCGUCCAGGCUGGGGUCCGCAUCCGCCUCCUUUAGGUUUGCCGACUUCACAAACUGGAGGCGCCUCCCGCAUGUCUUCGCAACCUGUCAUAACGGAUGAACCCGAGUCGACCGAGAGGCGGCUCUCUUCUCAAGCGUUUUCCGAUCUCUCGUUUUUUCCGCCGUACGCCUUCGUUCCUUCGCAACUUCCAACUGGAGCGGCUUCCGUCGCCUGGGAGGAGGCACCGUGGCUGCCCGGCCUGGCUCACGAAGGCGCGAGAGACGCGACGCCUCCGGCACCCUCCGCGGCUUUGGGCUCUCGAGUCCAGACGGCGUCGCCGACCGCGGUGGUCGUGGGCGGCAUUGGAGCCGCCUUGUCCUCGCCUGACGAAAGGCUGGAAUCGACGUCUGAGAAGCCGCCCCAGAGCAUCCCGCCGGCCAGGGACGCGCAAGCCUUCUCGGCUGUCUCGUCGCUCUCUGCCUUGUUCACUUGGAGCCUUAAAAAGGAAGGAAACAUCUGCGAGGCAGAGACACCCGGCGGCGGGCCAGGUGUUGUCUCCGUUGACCCGCGAAGCUCGAAACCUCAGGGAGACUCUGGCUGCGCCGCGCCGGUUCCCGGUGCGAGCACUACGCGGUCGACAGCUCCCUCGGAGACCUCUCAAGGCGGCGCAUCCAUCGACAGUGGGGCUCGCGGAAAAGCUGCAAAAACGAACUGUCUCGUUCCCUCUCCUCCUUCCUCUUCUUCCUCUUCUUCCUCUUCUUCCUCUUCUUCCGCUCCAUCCUCUUCUUCCGCUCCAUCCUCGUUUUCUGCCUCUUCCUCUUCAGGUUCAUCACACUCUUCAGACAGAGAGCGUGGUGCGGCAGGGAAGGAGGAGGGGGCGAGAGAGAAGGCCCAGAGAGAGGACGGGGAUGGGAGCGAAAAGAGGAGACAGAUCAUCCUGCCUCUUCCGUACUGGGCGGCAGAGGAGGACGCGGGGGCGAAAGUCGAAACUGAAGACUUCAGCGGUGAGAGCGAUGUGCGAUCCCUUUCUUCGUCUCAAGGGUAUCGAGAGGGCGCCAUAGACAGCGAACAAGAUUACAUCCUGUGGAGGGGACAAGCCGCAGGUGUCGACUUCGCGGACUCCAGGGAAACCCCACACUUGUCCGAGUCGCCGCGCUCCCUUGCCCGUGAGAGUCUCUCAGCCUCGCCAGCGCGCCGCGUUUCUUCGAGGCCUUCGCGACAGGGCGAGGCGACGGGAGUCCCCGGCGCGCCUGGGGACGCCCACAACACAGCGGAGCCAGGCGAGAGAGGUCCGGAGACGCGACUCAGGUCGGCUGUGGAAAGCAACACUGGCGCGAGUCUCGGAUUUCUCCCCGCGUUUCUCUUCGGCGCUGACAAGGCUCGAACUUCGAAGACGAGGCUGCCACCCGCGAACAUCGACAUCGACGUUGUCAUUGGAGACAGUGAAGGAAACAGGGGAUGCGUCGCAGGAGCGCCGGCCGCGGGGGGUGCGGCGCUCCUGCUCCGUCGACGCCGCUGCUUCCAGGAGACAGCAGAGGCUCGGCAGAAGACUCCAGGGCGAGAGGGCAACGGGGAGAUAUCUCGCCAGCGCUGGAGGUUCGACCGGUGGAGACCGAGCGAGAGACAGGAGGUCGAGGGCGGGUGGGAAGCAGAAAACUUCUUUCAGAAGACGCGCAGCUCCGCGUCCUCUCCCGGCGGAGACACCCUCACACAGAAGAGUCUCCAGAGGUUUCUGCGGGGAGCGACGGAGACGGCGAGGAAGUCGAUCCUCGGCCGCAGCAAAGAGACACAGGACCUCGACAGCAAGGGGGAAGACCUAGACGGGAUGUUCGUCAUCUCCUGGGGGGGGGCUGGCGCUCCGGAGACCACGACAUCGGAGAAGAAACGUUCUCCGGAGACCAGAGGCAAGCCAGCAGAUGUUUCGAGAGACAACGCAGUAAGAACAGGGAGAAGAAAAGGGAGAGCGUUUGCAGGAGAAGUCGACGAGACGGAAGUCGAAGAAUCCGCAAGACGUGAGAGCGGCGAGGGGACCGCGAAUGCCACCGCCUCACAACGUCCAAUGCUCGCUUCAGAUGUCUCGUUGAUUCAAACGCACUCGACCGCCGGUGAUGCCGGAAAAACUCAUUUGGGUCUCAAGGAGAUGGCGGCCAUCGCUCCCCGACAAAGACACGACCCUUCGCUGUCUUCUCUCCCGUCCUUUUGUCCAUCCUCGGGGGCUUCUUUGCCCUCGUUUGCCUCCGCAGCCUUCCCCUUCGCUGCACAGACCCAGGGAGGCGCUCUGCUCUCUGCGUCCUUGCCUCCUCUCUCUGAGUCUCCCCACGAGUCACCCUGGCCCUCGCUCGACAGUGCCGCGCGCUCCUACCGAGCCGGGGAGAGACGCGCCGGAGCUCCCCUGGAAGCCGCAAAGUCCCGCGACUGCAGAUCGCAAGGCGCGGCCGAGGCGCCGAGAAGGGAGACAGAGGAGACAGAUGGAGACGACGAAGACGAGGCAGGGACUGGAGUGCGAGACGGAGCAACAAGGGAGGAGGAGGCGGCGGGGGGGCAGGAGGAAGAGGACGGCGGAGGGAAGAGAGGAGGUCGACUGAAGGAAGACGGUGAUGAAGGAUAUCGGAGAUGCAGAGGAAGAGUGUCUUCCAAGAGGAUGGAGAGUUCUGCGGAAGUACACACCCGCGACGAGGAGCGUCGCACAGGAGACGACAGCCUGUUUGAGGAGGACGAUGGAGACAGCGAAGUCGCAAGGACAGACCAAUGUGGAGAGACAACAUGGCCAAAAAUGAAUGAAGAACGAUUCCUGGUGCACCAGACUCACGCAAGUCGUGCACAUACGCGUAGCGCCUCUCCUGACCUUUCUCACUCGUCUUCUUUCUUUCCUGAUCUCUCUUCCUACAGUUGCCGUCUUGUCUCUGCAUCCCGACAGUCAGCAGCAGGAUCUUCUUUAGGUCCUUCGUCUCGCUCUUCAUCUUACUCCUCCUCUGUUUCUUCCGCCCCCUCUUCCGCUUCGUCUUCUUUCUCUUCUUUCUCUUCCUUCUCUUCUUCUCUCCCUUGGAGUGGCGUGGUGGAUGCGGCGAAGUCGACCGCAGCGGCGGCGGUUGCGGCAUGUCGAGCAGCUGAGGUAGCUGCGAAGACGUCUUUUUCUUCUCUCUCUUCUUCUCCGCUCUCGACGUUCUUUCCUGCUUCGGGGUCUGGGAGCGGUCGCACGAAGCGCAGCGAAAAACUCUUUCAUCGAGCGCAAAGCGGAGACAUCCCGAGCGCCGCGCAGGUCGAAGAGGCAGCGCGGCGGAUGGCGGGAGAGCGAGACGCGGGCGGACUCCUCGAGUGGACGCAUGGGGAGGACGGACGAGGAAAUCGUUUGAGGUCGGUGUCUCCUUUUCUGGCGGGAGCGAAGCGCGUGGAGCCCCCGGCGGGCACCGCGUCCUGCUCAGCCGCUCUCCGGAGGCCUCAAAUUGGGGAGGACAGGACGGAGGCGUCGGAGGCCUUCUGCUAUCCAGAGACCUGCGCAGGCGACGUACGACCAGACGACAGAAGCAGAACGCCACCCGACGCUCGUUCCGGCUCUGCAGAUCGUUCCGGCUCUGCAGAUCGUUCCGGCUCGGCAGAUCGUUCCGGCUCGGCAGACGCAUGCAGAGCACCCGAGAGCGCAGGGGCGGGAGGCGGGCAGGAGCGGAGACUGGGAGAAGGCGAAGGAGACAGAGGAGGAGACGAGAGGAGACCGAGCUCCACAGAACGAAGAAGAGCUGUUCUUCAGGAACAGCAGUUUCUCCUCAUGUUGCAACAGCAGCUUCUCGUUGAAGAGGAGCUCGCAGAGGACGAAGAGGAACGGAGAGAGGUCACGCAAACGAGCCAAGAAAAAGAGACUAGAGGAGGAACAGCACCAGAGGAGCGGAACGGAGACAAAGAGGUGGAAGAGAGGACGGAGGAAGAGCAAAGCACGAUGGAGGAGGGAGAAGAGGCAGAAAUGGAAGAGGGGAGAGAAGAUGGAGGGGCAAAAGAGAUCCAGGAAGGCGAACGGACAAGGGAGGAACAACAGAUGAGCCAGACAGACGAAAUGGAGAAGGACGAAGAGAAAACGAGCUGUGAAGCGCAAACCGUGGAGACAAGGAUGGCAGAGGAGAAGAUAACAGAGGAGAACCACGGAGGAGGUGUGCGAGGCGAGAGAGAAGGCAUGACAGGGACAAAUGGAAAGAAGAGAGAGAAAGCGAGACGCCGAAAACGAGGGCAGCGGCGAUGAAGAAGAAGGCUUGUGGGUCGCAAAUUCCAGGAAAUGAAGAGAAGGAAGAAAGUGAAGAAGUCUGAGGGAAACAGGAAGAGGACUUCUCUUUCACGGCAGGAGAGUGGCUUUUCGCAGGCUUAAGGAGACGUUUGUGCGACUUUGUGUCUGGCAGACACCAAACGUUCUUUCGUUUCUUUCAUCUUCAUUUCAAAUGCGGAACUCGCUGAUUCUCGACUGUUUCAAGACGCUCGAGGGUUGUCCGCGAUGUUUUCUCAGUGAUAUGCCCUGCGCUUUUUCGUUGCCUUUUUCUCGUCCUCGUGCUCUUCUCUCUUCUUCGAGCGUCUCUCUUUCUGCCUCUCUCUGGCGGCUCUUCUAUCUCUUCGAGAGCUCUCUGAAAGUCUCUGCCGCGGACGCCUCCGGUGGUCCACGCUUGCCUUUUUUUCUUUUCCUUCUUUCUGAGGGGAAUGGCCUAGCUCCCCGAAGCGGGCAACUUGCUGUCUGCCCUUCAGUCCUUCGUUCUCCCCCUCCCCCUGAGGGCGUUGAGAACUCGUAGGAACUCCUCCUUGUCGGGACGGAUCAUUUGUACAGUGACAGUUUGUACUUGUAAUGAGGGAAGACGGCUAAGAUAAUACUAGCAAAGAAUACAACAAAGGCACGGGCAAAAGAUUCUUCUCGAGACUGAAACGACAGGUUUCUCCGGCCGCCCCAGCACAGGCACAAGGCGCCGGAUGGAAAGAAACUUUGCUCUCUUUCGCUUCUUCAAGGGAGCGUUUCUAGAGUCACAUGGAAACCGAGAGCUCCAUAUACCACAGAGUACGAGACCGCGUCAGGUCUUCUUUAAUCACGAGCCUCUCCCUUCCCCAGAAUAGAGGGAACUCCAGCGAUCUGCGUCGAGCAGUUUCGCCCACACACAAGGGUGAACGGCCACAACAGAGAGGGGCAGUUUCGAGUCUGUGAAGAGCGCAUGCAGCGACAGAAAGCGGGGAUCCGGUGCAGACGCUAAAGCCAAGAACAAUCUCGGCCGCUGAACAAGGUCUGACCUAAGAAAAUGCAUAGGCCUUUCUCCUCUGACGAUAACAGCCUUUUGCCCACACUAAGGAACCCGCAAAAUACCUCAUAUAUAUAUAUAUAUAUAUACGUUGGUGGUUCACAAGGACUGUAUGCAAGGACUUUUUCGCGAGCGGUAAAAAAAAUCUGUGCCUGCUCCCUCUGGAUACCCCC